AUGCUCCGUCGGCAAGCCCGCGAGCGUCGGGACUAUCUCUACCGUCGUGCAAUUCAACUGCGAGACGCUAGUAUCGCAGAGAAGCGGGCGCUGCUGAAAAAAUCGCUUGCUACCGGGAAACCACUCGACCUGUCGAUUGCCAAUGACAAUUCCCUGCGCAAGGAUUUGAAAUUCGAUGAAUCUCUGGAUCUCGAGAGUGCUGCUGCACAAGAGUCUAUGGACGAUGAGUUCUCGAUGCUGUCUGGUCUCUCCGACCCUCGCCCGCUGGUCACCACCUCCCGAAGCCCUUCGACUCGUCUUUCAACAUUUUCCAAAGAAAUUCGCCUACUCCUGCCUACUUCCAUCCGCCUGAAUCGAGGUAACUUGAUUCUACCCAAUCUUCUUGCUAGCGCAAAGGCUGCGGCUCUCACCGACAUUAUCCUGCUCCACGAACAUCGAGGCACUCCUACUGCAAUGACUAUUUCGCACCUGCCUCAUGGUCCCACGGCUUCUUUUUCUCUGCACAACGUCGUCCUCCGAGCAGAUAUCCCUGAUGCAUCCAGAGGGACGGUAUCCGAGUCCUAUCCCCAUUUGAUAUUCGAGGGAUUUACGACACGGCUGGGAAAAAGAGUCGUGCAGAUCCUCAAACACAUCUUCCCUCCCCGGGAUGGCCCACAUAAAGUCGGCAACCGAGUGGUCACCUUCAAGAAUGUUGAGGACAGCAUCGAGGUGCGCCAUCACGUUUUCGUGCAGACUGGCUACAGGGAUGUCGAAUUGGCUGAAGUCGGGCCCAGAAUGAGUAUGAGAUGCUUCGAGAUAAGAGGUGGCACUCUGGAGAAGGAUUCUGGCGGCGAAGUCGAAUGGGCUUUGACCCAAUACACGAGAACUAGCCGCAAGAAGGACUAUCUAUGA